CAGAGAGCAGGGGCUUUGCGAGCGCAAACUUUCAUUCAUGGACAUGUCUACUUCUAAUGUUUACUGUUAAUUUUUAGUUUAUUAAAGACCGCUAUACGGUUGUAUUAUUUUUAUAGCAAAAAAAUACGCAGAGUUAUCAAGUUAAAUAUCGGACAACCGAUUUUCCAUCAGAGACAGUGCCUACGAAUUGUCACUCGACAAUUCCACUAGACAAUCCAAUAGCUCGUCAACAAUGGCCCCCAAGCACACUGGCAUCCUGUUGGCUACCUUCCUAGCUUCACUUACACUACAGCUGUCCCAUCAGUCCGGCUCUGACGAUUCUAAUGCUCAAGCUGCGGCAGCGUUGGCGGCUGUAGGGUCGCAUGGUGCCAGUGAAACCGAGGGCGAAUCUAAUGACACUGACCUAAUACGACUUGUACGGAGAUAUGUCCCUCGAUUUGUUGGGAAAAGAACGAUUGACUCAAUAGACAGCGAUGAAACAGAAAAUAAACUUAAUGAAGAGGAGCUUAAAGAACUAGAAAUUGCUGUUCAAAGUUAUUUAGAAGAUUCUGGGUUGGAUGUUAAGGAUAACUUUGAAUACAAUCUGGGCGACACAGAUGAAUUGUUGACUGACAAAAGCGCACUCGAAAAACAAGUUGAAAAUGACGAAAUUUCAACUGAUGAGGUCAACGAUGGGGAAUAUUCUUCUGAGUUGUCGCAAGGUGAUAAGAGAUAUAUUCCGCAGUUUGUUGGGAAACGGUCCAGAACAUAUGGUGGACGCCAAUAUAACCCCAUGUUCGUUGGCAAACGAUAUCGUCCAAUGUUUGUCGGUAAGCGGUACAGACCAAUGUUUGUCGGAAAACGUUACCGUCCAAUGUUUGUUGGCAAGAGAUAUCGUCCAAUGUUUGUAGGUAAACGAUACAAACCAAUGUUCGUGGGAAAGCGUUAUCGACCAAUGUUUGUUGGAAAACGGUACCAGCCAAAGUUCAUCGGGAAGAGGUACCAACCAAAGUUCAUUGGCAAGCGUGAUGUCCAAGCAGUGCAAAAUCAAAACUACGACAGUACCAGUCCAAACAAUAGUCGCAAAAAACGAUCCGUUUAUGACGAAACUGAAACUAUGGAUUCUUUGAACUACAUUCCAGCACGUUACACCAAACGGUUUGUUGCACCAGAAUUUAUCGGUCGACGGGAUUCAUUGUCGUCAAUUCUGUCCGCGUUGGAUGCUUUAGAAUACGGCCGCCACCCUGUCCGGUCUACGUCUAAACGAUUUGAAGCCCCUAUGUUCAUUGGCAAGCGGUCCCCGUACGUUAUGGAACUGAAUCUUGACCCAGUAGGACCAAAUGCAGGAUUUGCUGACGAAUAUCAGCGGAUUAUAAAUGAAUACCCAUCCACAGACAUUCUGUAGGGGUUAUUCUGUCAGAUGAUAUACUAUCCAUUUACAGACACUAUGUAGGAGUUUGGAUCCGCAUUAAAAAUAAUAGUUGUGUUAAAUCAACAUCAGAAUUUUUGUAAAUGUUAUAAAAUGUUAUAUUUGCACGACAUAUAUUUUCGAUGAACUUAAAUGUCGCCAUUAUUUCUUGAAAUUAGGCAUAUGUAUCGUCAUAGAUAUAAUUUAUUUUACUGCAAGCAUGCAAUAAAAAUGACAAACAUUAUCAAAUGCAAAUUUUAUUUAAACAAAUUAUCCACUUAAUAAGUAAUAAACAAAACUACUUUCCUAACAAAAUAUGUAGUCUACAUACAGUGCAAUAAAACAGGUCAUUACAUAUACGGUCAUGUAUAAUUUUAUAGUGUUCAUCAGUAUAUAAGUAGUUUUUAUUUCUUACUUUUCUUUGACAUAAGUCAAUAUUUGGUUCGAAAAACUGUAUGAAGAAAUACAGAACAUAAAUACAUACCGUACAAGAAAAAUAAAGUUCGUACUGUUAAACUGUUGUUGCGCA